UCUGACACUUUUAGUUAGGUAUUAGACUAUGCAGAUUUAAAAUCAAUACAAAAUAUAAACCUACUAAUAACCCAGAAGUAAAUAGUUGAAAUUAGCCACCUUCAUCAGCCAUAUAUUAAAGUGCACAUGAAUCACUAAUUGUAACCCAGCAGGCUAAUGUAAUUUCUGAAAUGAGCCACUCUGCAUGAGUAGGCCAACAUUUACUUUUUUAUUUUUUGAUGCUAAUUGCUUUUGUACUUUUACAAAAGAUUUUGAAUGCAGCACUUGUAACCGAGCAUGUAACACUGUAGUCUUGCUAUUACACUGUAGUAUUUCACACAACUUGUUUGGAGUGUGUCUGAACAUUAAGUGGCGCUGUAACCAAGCUUUUUCUUUGUUGGUGAAGCAUAUAAACCCCUGGAGGGAGAAAUCUAAAGAAAGCUAGAGAGAGAGAGAGAGAGAGUGAAGGGAGGGGGGCUUUCUGCCUGCACAGCGGACUCUCCCUCUCUCUCUCUCUCUCUCUCUCUCUCUCUCUCUCUCUCUCGCAGAGUGCUGAACCCACAGGCGGCAGGUGUGUGCACCGACUGUCCGCCCAAGCUUUCCUCACUUUUACCACGUUUGGGACCGGAUCUGGAUGCUAAAGCGAGCCGAUAAGUCGCAGUGCAACCCGGCUGCCCCACAGUACAUCCCUGGCUGUGAGGAUGUUGCAGUGAUAAGACAGCAGAGCAUCUUCUCUCCUCUGGAUCGCACUGAGCCGGCAUCGUCAGCUGUUGCUCUAGCAGAGAGUGGAAGAGUCGGGAGCAACAGAAAAGGCCAAACUAUGCGACUGACUUUCUACCGGUAACCGUUUUCCACCUCAAGUCGACCGGAGGAGCGGAUGCGAGCAGAGGUUGCCAACGAUCCUCUGACUAUUUUCUGCGCUUUGUCGGUGCCGGAGGAGCUGUGCCAAUGGAGAAAGCGACUCCGCCGCCCCAGCCCCAGCUCCAGCUGUCGAUAGCGAAGACUGAAAGUCCCGCUGAGGACAUCUCCGGUCUGACUGACGAGGAGCUGCUCAAGUGGACCAAGGAGGAUCUGGUGCGGCGGCUGAGGCGGUCUGAGGCCGACAAGAUGAGCGUGAUUCUGGACCACGGGAAUCUCAUCCGGGAGGUCAAUCGCAGCCUCCAGCUGCACUUGAACGAGAUCAGGGGGCUGAAGGAUAUUAAUCAGAAACUGCAGGAGGACAACCGUGAGCUGCGGGACUUGUGCUGCUUUCUGGACGACGACCGCCAAAAGGGCAAGCGUGUAUCCAGGGAGUGGCAGCGCUUGGGACGUUACAGUGCCAGCAUCAUGCGCAAAGAGGUUACCCUCUACCUCCAGAAACUCAAGGAGCUGGAGCUUCGACAGGAGGAGGUAAUCAGGGAGAACAUGGAGCUGAAGGAGCUCUGCCUGCUGCUUGACGAGGAGAAGGGGGUGGUAGUUGGAGGAGGUGGCGGUGGAGGAAGUGGAGGGGGGGGGAGUGUAGGGAUGGGAGGGUGCCGCAACUCCAUUGAUAGCCAGAAUAGUUUGCUGCUGGUGCCUGGGCAUGGGCUCCUGAUGAGAGACGUGGGGGAUGGGAGCAGCACCUCAAGCGCAGGAAGCGCUGACAGCUCCGAUCACCCUCACCAUAAGCAGCCUCACCUGGCUCCAGGAGGGGUUGGAGUCAGUAGUGGUGGGGAAAAGGGGAGCCCUGAGCUUGUGCACAAACCCAGGUGCAGCAGCAUCAGUGGAAUAGGAGGCGGAAGUGGAGGAGACAGGGAGGUGUCCAGCCCUGAGCACCCUGCUGGGCGCCACCGGAGUACAAGCCUGGAGUACCCAUACACCCUGCCCCAGCUCUGCCGGCCCCGCUGCGGCUCCAUAUCCGUGCCUGACCACAGUCGAGUCAUGCGGGGCCUCAGCCCGGAAAAAUACGGGAGGAACGUGGGCCGACGCAGUCCGGAACAGCACCCCAAGCACCACAGCUCUGAUCUCCUCCUGGGCCAGAGGCAGCACUUCCUGGGCCAGGGAGGCAGUGGGGAGCUCUAUCAGAGGCACCACAGGAGCAGCAUUAGCAGUACUGGUUGUGGGAGCCCUGAGCCCCGGCUGGCACAUUUAGGGAGCGCUGACCACCAUGAAAAGGGCUGCGUGGUCCAGGGGGGCAGCCCUGAAACUCAUAGGCACCAGUACAGUAUGAGCCCUGACCAUGUGAAGUUUGGCAGCCCUGUGAGAGAGGGGCAGAGGAGGCCAGCUGGAGACGAGCUGUCACCACAUCAUCGGAGCAUCUACAAUGGCAUGAAUGCAUUGAUAUCAGCCGGCUGCUGCACCAACAACUGUAGAAAUGUCAAGCUAUGGGACAGCUUUGAUGCCUCCUCUUGACCCCUACUUGACCAGCUAGGCUCCUCAAACGGAGGGGUGGUCGCAGUGGUACAGCCCUCCUGCAUCUCUGGCCUUGACAGACAUGAGGGCCCCCGGACGCCACCCUCCGUAGCUCCAGAUGGAGCCUCAUCCGUGUCCAAAGCCCUGAAACAGCCUGCCUCCAUGUUUUCAUUUCUACAUAUUGAGAGUUUGAGAGAAGGGGUGGGAGUUUUCGGGGAGAAUGCUAUUAGUAAGGAUGGGAAAACUUGUGAAGACUGCCACAGCUAAAUGGAUUAGAGUGGGUAUCUCUCCCUGCCAACUGUGACACGGCUACCUCCCGGAGAGCACCCAGAGGAAGGGAGGGACGCCGGGGAGGAUAGGAUUCUGCACUGUUUGUGCCGCUGUCCUCUGUUUACAAAUGCAGAUCAUUGGUGGAGAAGCACAUAAAGUAAACUUUCUACACCCCGCUGUUCUUAAUUAUUUUCCCACACUCUUCCCUCGAUCUCUUUCUCCUAUUUCCCUCCCUGUUUUUCCACUCUCUCCCCCGUCUCCUUCAUCUUCAGAUAUCCAUCCUCUCCAACGUGUGUAAUGAGACUGGUGUAAUCUAAUGUUCUGUCUCUCGGUCUCCAAAUCCAGCCGAUCACAAGAUUGCCAUCGUCUUCAACUUUUUCAGCCAUUUUCAAGAGAAUUUAAAAACAAAACAAAAAACAUAUUUGUCAAAGAUGUUCUAGCAAAGAAAAAAACAACAACCUCUUCCUGUGUCUUAAACCAACAUGGUCACCAUUACUAGCUGCUGACAGAUGUUCUAGUUCUAUAAGAUGCAAUGUUCAGGUGUAAUUUUUCUUUUUUGUAUUAUCUUCUUGCUCCCUUAAAGCGCCUAUAUUGAAGCUGGGGAUAAGAUUAUACGUUUCUCCAUGUUGUUUUUUACAAGGAAGUAAAGUCCAAGUAAAAAGUAGUUUAUUGGAUUAGUUUUCUAUAUAUCUAUAUAUAAAUAUAAUAUGAUUAUUAUUUUUGACUUACUGGUAUUAGAACUAUUAUAUGAAGAUGCAUAUGAUAUAUAUCAAAUAAUAAACAGAAUUCUUUAUGUAAAAGUG